UGAAACCAGCGAGCAAAGAGCGCAGCGGAGCAGGGUAGGUCGCCGUUGCCGUUGCCGUUGCUGGCCUCGCUCGCCCCCUCCCACUUAAUGCCGCACCGCCCGUAAUCCGGAGUCUUCUCCUCCCUCCCGACCUCCCCUAACGCCAGCACCCCCUCCCUCUCCCCCUCCCUUCCCCACCCGCGGCCUGCUGCUGCGGCUGCCACCUUCUCCACCCCCACAAAUCUCGCCUCCGCCGCCGACUCCGGCCGCGAAAUCCACCCCAGAUCGGCGCGGGGGCGCCGCUUGAUGUCCGAUCUGUGAGUGGGGCUCGCCACCAUGAGGGUCUUGCUGCUGCUGGCGCUGCUGCUGGCCGCUUGCGCCGCGGCGGCGGCGCAGGCGGCGGGAGGGGCCAACUCCAACUCCACCUCCACGCCGUUCGUGCCGCGGGACGACAUCCUGCUGGACUGCGGCGCCAAGGGGCAGGGCAACGACACGGACGGCCGGGUGUGGACCGGGGACGCGGGCUCCAAGUACGCCCCGCCGGACAACCUCGCCUCGGUGGCCUCCGCCUCCGGCCAGGAUCCCUCGGUCCCGCAGGUGCCGUACCUCACCGCGCGGGUCUCGGCCUCGCCCUUCACCUACUCCUUCCCGCUCGGCCCGGGCCGCAAGUUCCUCAGGCUCCACUUCUACCCGGCCAACUACUCCAACCGCGACGCCGCCGACGGUCUCUUCUCCGUCUCCGUCGCCAUCCCGGGCGGAAAGCUCACGCUGCUUUCCAACUUCAGCGCCUACCAGACGGCUGCCGCGAUCACCUACUCGUACCUCGUCCGGGAGUUCUCCGUCAACGUCUCGUCCCAGACGCUCGACCUCACCUUCACCCCGGAGAAGGGCCACCCCAACGCCUACGCGUUCGUCAACGGCAUCGAGGUCGUAUCCUCCCCCGACCUCUUCGACCUCUCCAUUCCCAACAUGGUUGCUGGCGACGGCAGCCUCCAGCAGUUCGAAAUCGAUCCUGGCACGGCGAUGCAGACCAUGUACCGGCUCAACGUCGGAGGCCAGGCGAUUUCGCCCUCCAAGGACACGGGCGGUUACCGGUCCUGGGACGACGACUCGACCUACAUCUUUGGCGCCAGCUUCGGGGUCAGCUACCCGAAGGAUAACAAUGUCACCAUCACAUAUCCAAGCAAUGUGCCGGAGUAUGUGGCGCCAGAGGAUGUCUACGGCACAGCGCGUUCCAUGGGACCAACUAAGGAAGUGAACAUGAACUUCAAUCUCACAUGGAUGUUGCAGGUGGAUGCUGGAUUCCUGUACCUUAUCAGGCUGCAUUUCUGUGAGAUCCAGUACCCGAUCACGAUGAUCAAUCAGCGGGUCUUCAACAUUUACAUUAACAACCAGACUGCAGUCAAGGGUGCUGAUGUGAUUGCAUGGGCGGCCGUUAGUGGUGCUACCACCCGUAUUGGCUCUCCGGUGUAUCAGGACUAUGUGGUGAGCACACCGGGUGUAGGGGCCAUGGAUUUAUGGAUAGCUCUCCAUCCGGAUCCUGACUCAAAACCACAAAUAUAUGAUGCUAUCCUCAAUGGGAUGGAGGUGUUCAAGUUACAGCUUAUCAAUGGUAGCCUUGCAGGGCUCAAUCCUAUCCCAAGUGUUGCCCCGGCCAAUGAUGGGACAACUAAGAAGAAGUCAACUGUUGGGCCUAUCGUCGGUGGAGUGGUUGGAGGUUUGGUGGUUCUUGCACUUGGGUAUUGCUGCUUGUCUAUGAUCUGCAAGCGUAGGAGGAAUGCUGGGAAGGAUGCAGGCAUGAGUGAUGGACAUUCUGGUUGGCUACCCCUGUCUCUUUAUGGCAAUUCACACACUUCCAGUUCGGCCAAGUCACACACUACUGGUAGCUAUGCUUCAUCUUUGCCAUCCAACCUGUGCCGUCAUUUCUCUUUCGCUGAGAUCAAGGCCGCAACAAAAAACUUUGAUGAGUCCCUUAUUCUUGGUGUGGGUGGAUUUGGUAAAGUUUACCGUGGUGAGAUUGAUGGGGGAACAACUAAGGUGGCUAUCAAGCGUGGCAAUCCCUUGUCUGAGCAGGGUGUGCAUGAGUUCCAGACUGAGAUUGAAAUGCUGUCCAAGCUCCGCCACCGUCAUCUGGUGUCACUGAUUGGGUACUGCGAGGAGAAGAAUGAAAUGAUCCUGGUCUAUGAUUACAUGGCUCAUGGUACUCUCCGCGAACACCUGUACAAGACCCAGAAUUCACCUCUUACCUGGAGGCAGCGUUUGGAUAUCUGCAUUGGUGCAGCUCGUGGGCUUCACUACCUUCACACUGGUGCAAAGCACACCAUCAUCCACCGUGAUGUGAAGACAACAAACAUCCUCCUGGACGAGAAAUGGGUUGCCAAGGUUUCAGAUUUUGGUCUGUCCAAGACUGGCCCAUCUAUGGACCAUACUCAUGUGAGCACAGUUGUCAAAGGCAGUUUUGGUUACCUUGAUCCUGAAUACUUCCGCAGGCAGCAGCUCACAGAGAAAUCUGAUGUCUACUCUUUUGGUGUUGUGCUGUUUGAGGUCCUCUGUGCACGGCCUGCCCUGAACCCUACUCUUCCAAAAGAAGAAGUUAGCUUGGCGGAGUGGGCGUUGCACUGCCAGAAGAAGGGCAUUCUUGAUCAGAUUGUUGACCCCUACCUGAAGGGAAAGAUAGCUCCACAAUGCUUCAAGAAGUUUGCUGAGACAGCUGAGAAGUGUGUUUCUGAUCAGGGUAUUGACCGCCCUUCGAUGGGUGAUGUGCUCUGGAACUUGGAGUUUGCCCUUCAGAUGCAGGAAAGCGCAGAAGAGAGCGGAAGCCUUGGUUGUGGGAUGUCGGACGAGGGCACUCCCCUUGUGAUGGUCGGAAAGAAGGAUCCAAAUGACCCAUCGAUCGAGUCAAGCACCACCACCACAACCACCACUUCUAUAAGCAUGGGCGAUCAAAGCGUCGCGAGUAUGGACUCAGAUGGGCUGACGCCUAGUGCUGUCUUCUCACAGAUCAUGAACCCCAAGGGGCGGUGAGAACUGAGAUUGUGUUGGUCUUUGUCCUUCAGACAAAUGCCAAUUGUCAAACAAUCCAUGGACCGUUUUCGACAACUGAUCGAGCUGGCAGCUGAGAUAUUCUUCCUUCAGAUAAAGUGCAAGCUGUGGACAUUUCACAUUUUCACGAGAGCUUUUAAGGUGUUAUGGACGCUAAUAUACUAGUAACUUUUUGUGUAGCGGAUGUUGAUGGAUUGUGUGAUGGUGACUAGCAGAAUAUGGCGGGUUAUGCUUCGUACCUCUUGUUUCUCAUACUGUUGUUGGGAAAGAUCAUGUAAACCAAUGCUGAUGAUGCACUAGAUUGUGUCCGUUUAGUUCCAUUGUCUCGGCAUUCACUGGCAGUUGCCACUUCGCUUUC